CGAGAUGAAUGGGCAACACGAUUAAAAGAAGAAUGGACUGAACAAUUUACAUCUGCUAAAAAUAAUGCACCGAAUGAUGAAACAUCUGCAAAAUUAGAAAAAGCUCUUCGUACAAAUCGUAUUCGUUUAUUUGAAUCGUGUACUGUUAUGAAUAUAGAUGAUCUUGUACUUUAUCCUGUUUCAUUACAUAGUAAUACAAAUAAACAUGAAGAACAAAAACGUCGUCGACCAUUAAUUACAUCAGAUCGAACACAAUAUCAAUUACCAGAAUUUUUAGGU